CUUUCCAUGUGUCCUUUCUGAAUUUGUGGAACUGUAUAGUGAUUUGUCCCUGCAGUCUGCUGCCUUGUCAGCACACUUAUCAAUCAUCAGUCAGUCAGUCAGUCAGAUAGAGGACAGAGGACAGAAAAAUGGGUGGAUGAGAUGCUUAACUGACCGAUUCCCUUCGUUUCUUCUCCUCUGCAGAUAUUUUAUAUGAAACCCCAUUAUGUCCUCUUCAUCCACCUGGUGGUGAACGAUAUGAUCCAGCUGGCCACAACAAUAAGUCUGUUUGUCUCAACUUAUAUAUUCUACAAAAUUAAUGUCUCCCUUUGUUGCCUCAUCAUUACCGUUGUCGUCUUCACCACCCUCAACACUCCGCUGAAUCUGGCUGUGAUGGCGGCGGAGUGCUACAUCGCUGUCUGCUUACCACUGCAGCACGCCAAGCUGUGUACCAUCAAAAGAACGCACAUUCUGAUUGGUUUGAUUUGGGCCGUGAGUGCACUCUCAGCCCUGCCAGAUGUGUUCAUUACUCUGGCAACUGAGUCUGUACAGUUCUUUUAUUCCACCAUCUUCUGUGAAAAAGAUAACCUGUUCCAACAUCCUUUGCACUCAAAAAAGAGGAACGUUUGCUACAUCAUUUAUCUCGUUGCUGUUUGGCUCACUCUCUUCUACUCUUACUUCAAGAUCUUCUUAGCUGCUAAAAAAGCUAAAGCUGUUAAAUCAGGUAAUGGAGACACAAAGAAGGCCAGGAAUACAAUCCUGCUGCAUGGCUUCCAGCUGAUGUUAAGUAUGUUAACUUAUGUAGACCAUUUCUUUAUAAAGGCUCUGGUUUACUUCUUUCCCACACAUUAUUUACAAAUAGUAUUUGUUUGCUACAUCCUCAUCCAGAUAUUUCCCAGGUUUGUCAGUCCUAUUGUGUACGGCCUACGAGACAAGACGUUGAGACAGUAUUUGAAAAAGCAUCUGCUGUGCCAGUGAGAGCGAGUGUCAAACCAUGCACUGCAGGUAGCAGAUUCAGCAGCUGCAUGUGGCUCACAUCACACCUCCUCCACAGGUGGAGGUUCUCAGUUUUCAGGCUGUUGUAUUAGAGCUCAAAUGCCUGGGCUCUUACAACUCAGAUUCCAAAAAGGUUUGGAUGCUGUGUGAAAUUUCAAUAAAGACAACAAAUAAACUGUUUA